GUAAAAUUCCAUGUCACGGUAACGUCAAUGAUUAAUAAACGUUUCUCAAAAACAAUUGAAGGGCUGUACGCUAUAGUAGCCCAGUAAGACUGAAGUGGCGCGAUGAAAUUUUUUGGGAAAAUAGUGGUUGUCACAGGAGCAUCGAGUGGGAUCGGUGCAGCUACCGCAAUAGCAUUCUCAAAAGAAGGAGCUAAGCUGGCAAUUUGUGGGAGGAACAAAGAAAGAUUAUCAGAAACAGCAAAAAUAUGUCUCGAAAAUGGUGUUGAGGUUUUGGAAAUUGUUGGAGAUCUAUUACAAUUUGAGCAUUUGGAACUAAUCAUCAACAAGACAGUCGAGAAAUUUUCUGCCAUUGAUAUUUUGAUAAACAACGCAGGACGAGGAUUGCUUAAAUCUGUUAGUGAUGUGGAAGUUCCUGAUUUCGACCUAUUAUUUCGGAUACUUAUUCGUGCUCCUGUUUUUUUAUGCAAAUACGCUUUGCCUCAUCUCAAGAAAACAAAAGGGUGUGUAGUGAAUGUGUCGAGUGUAGCGACGUUUUGCAGUGGAAAAACAUCUACUUCUUACAAAAUGUUCAAGGGUGCUUUGGAUCACUUUACAUCAGGAUUCUCUGCAGAGUGCAGCCCCUUCGGUGUCCGUGUGAACGGAAUCAAUCCAGCUGUCGUUAUGACGAGAAUUGCAGAAACAUCUGAAAUGCCGAAGGAUUCCGCGGAAAAGAUGCUUGCGAAUUUAAAAGAUCAACAACCGUUUGGAAUUAUUCAACCAGAAGCAAUAGCUGAUGGAAUCUUGUUUCUUUGUACCUCUGCUCAUAUCACGGGAAUAUCACUGCUCGUAGAUUCGGGAUUUUUGACUACAAUUUAAAACGCUCUGUAAAACCUUGCUAUUUAUAUUUUGAAAGAAUGAAAGAC